CUAGGUGGGAGGAUCCCUGGAACCCUUUUAGUUACCCCAUAGCCAACAUAGAAUCUCGUUCUUUUGGUUUUGUGUAGAUGAACAGGAACAUCACCGUACCUCUCAGCUUUUUUCGAUGCACUCACUAUUCCAGCACCACCACGACCACCCACCGAAUCUUAGAUAGAAUCUGUACACUUUAGUAGCUCUGAGAUGAUUGAUGGUGUGCGCGACUCCCCCUACCCUUUAUGCCGUGUAUCAUUAAGUAAAUUCAAGCACCUGCGAUCAUAAGAAAUCCCCAUGCCCACCGCGUCGAGUGGCGGGCGGGAGCUCCUCCCCUGGGAGGAGAGCCUGCGCAAUAUCCCUCCCGAGAACGCGGAAGCCAGUCUGACGAUCUAUCCUGAGUAAAAACGUCCCCACACCAUAGUCAAGAUGGGGAAUCGGCUAGACAAAUCCACAAGUUUUGGCUGUUUUGCAUGACAAAUUUGGAUUCGUAGUGUAGUGCUGUUUGAGCUAGCUCAGCAGCAUCACAGAUCUAGCAUAGCGUGCUGAUUGGAGCAUGACAAAUUGCAAAACACGAUUUGAAAAUGCUUCUCAUGGGGCUCCGCAUGAGAAACAUUUUCAGCAUGCGGAUUUGCAUUACAACUAUGGGGUGGGGACGUUUUUAAAUAGGAUACGAUCAUCGAGAAGUUGAUCAAGAACGUCGUGGCCGAUCCAACGCAGGAGAAGUUCAAGAGGAUAAAGCUCAGCAACCCGAAGAUCCACCUCAACAUUACUUCGGUCGACCCGGCUUUAGAAGCGUUGUUGCUCAUGGGCUGGGAGCUCCUCGACGAGGACACGUUGUUUCUCUAUCCUGAGUAAAAACGUCCCAACCCAUAGUUGUCAUGCAGAUAUGCAUGUACAGAAGCAUUUGCAAUGCAGGUCCCCAUGAGUGGCAUUUCUAGUCGUGUUUUGGGAUUUGUAUUGCUGGAAACAGGAUCAGCGGACGGAUUUGUGAUGCGGCUGCCCUCACGAACCCGCACUACACUACGGACUGCAGCUUGUCAUGCAUGGCUCCCAAAACUUCUAGAUUUGUGUUGCUAAGUUCCCAACUUGACUAUGGGAUGGCGACGCUUCUACACAGGAUAUUCUCCCAGACGACCUCAUGCUCAAUGUCAGCGACUACCCCGGCAGAAUAAUGGAAGCGAAGGCGUUUUUUGCGAAAAAUAAAGCCGGCGGGGCGAUGAACAGGAGUGCUGCUGCAUCUACUGCUGCUGCGAUCGGCGCAAUAUCAACAGCAGGGUCUGGCACUUUCGCACCGCAGGAAAACGGACAGUCAGCAGGUCCAACAAAUAGUCCGAGCAGCAAAGACACCGUCGUUCCUGCGGGCGGAAAUAAGGCCUCGGUGGCGCCGAAAAGCGCCUUUCAGUUCCAGAACAAACGAGCAAAAGAGGAAAUGGAAAAUCAAGGUAUAGAGGCAUUUUUUAUACUGUGCAGUUUUUUUUGGAUUUGCGUUGAUAUCUGCCUCAAAGAUCAAUGUUGUGGCGAAGUAAAAAACGCUACAGUUAAAAACCUUGUAGCACAGCGAAACUAAUUUCUGGUCCGCAAUUGAAUGCCUGUCGUGAUUUGUUUCAUCUGUCCAGCAGCUCUCCUGCUCUUCCAAACUAGUUUCAACGUAAUUCGAAAGAGCAUGAAAAAUGGUGAAAAAAAAAAGUGCAGGAGCAAGAGAAAAAUGUAUGAGCUGCUGCCCAUCCCAGAAGCAAAACAAAAAACAUAUAGCAUGUGAAUUUCUAUCUAAUUCAACCACAGCCGCGCUGUCAUUGCAAGAGCUUCGUAAGCAGAAGGCUGCGCAGUUCGCGAACCGGUCGCCGUCUUCCCAGCAGAGCAGCCAGGGCUUCAGCGAUUAUUUCAAUUUCGGCGGCGCCAGCAGCGCGAGCUCGAACCCGACCCCGAAACCAAUACCCGUCCAAGAGCGAAGUAGCAAGUACAAGGGCAGCAGCGUAGAGCUCAAGGAAAUGUCCGAACCCUUAAUGAACGGCCAACCCACGGACAAUCACAUCCGACCCUCGCACAACUUUCAGAAAGAGGUACUUACCUAGUAAAGCGCUUCGCUUGUUGCUUAAGUUUCCUAUGAAGAGAAGAAUUCUACUUCUUGUCCGAUAGGAUUCACUUCUCUCACCGGCGUGGGCAGGAACGACCUGUGAAAAGUUACUUUGCGUGCUCAUCCUCCUCGACGCUGUCCGAGCGCGCUAGUUAGAAGUCGCUCCUUGUAGUCGCAUUUUACUUCUAGAUCGACCCAUCGCUAUCUAUAAAAAUUGAAAUUUGUUUUAAAUCGAUUGAAUUAUUCACGAUCACGACACAGGCCGAGCGCCAGGCCACCCGAGUUGCCGACGAUAAGAACGACCUGCGCGCGCUGCAGCAGGCGAAAUACAAGCAGUACCAGAAGGAUCCGAAUCUGCAACGGAAGGCCGCGGAGGACCAGGCACGUCUGCAGAGCGGUGUCGCUGGAACAACCUGUUCGAACGACGACGACGGCGGGUCUUGGUGGAACCCCUUCAGCGGCGGCGGUGGCGGCAGUAGCGGCGGGGCGCCUCCCCCCGCUCCGGGCGGAGGCCGCGGCGGGGCAAGAAUCAAGACGGUUGGCGACCUCCCGAAGCCGGUGCGUCGCGGCUGAGGCUAGGGUCCGCCUCUGAAACUAUAGAGGUGGACGUUAAGCAUGUUAUCAAGAUGGUUGGUCAUUCUUUAUGCGCGUUUUUUAUAGCGAUAUUAGAUAGCCGAAAGAAUGAUAUAGAUAUCUUGUCCUUGGAGAAUGAUCGCAUGUAGUGGUAGUUUGUACUUGUGCAUGUGCUUCUUCUCUGCUGUUUUUAGAACUUGAGGAAAGCUUUCUCAUUCUUUUCUGUUCCACUUUCAACGAUUCCCUGGCGGAAUUUCCGGAACCACAGUUUUGUGAGAAUCGACGGAAAAUUUGGACGAUCCAACUGAUGCUAUACGUUUUCUGUCAGACACGAAUUCCAAUUUAGUUUUUCUUCUUUCUCCUGUGACGUGCCUUUGCUUCUAUCUUUUGUUCUUGCGACAAAAAGAAGUUGCAUUUGCGCUGAUUUGCAUUUCAUCUUUAGAAUUUCGGUUUGGUUUUCUCUGACAGUGACGCCGUGCUCACAGAAGGGCUUGCGGUUUGAAAGUUAGUAGCGUAAUUUUCUGUCUUUCCUUUCGAUGAUAGCAAGGACGAAUCAGGCGACACGAUGGACUGCUCUACCGCAAGGCAGAGCGUUCAGCGACAAGACUAGGAAAUUAUGAAACCCAGUAUCCGAUCGAAACAAAGAAUAAACACACGAAACAAAUUCAAGUUGCGACGUCGCCGGAACGAUGCGCGAAGCUUGAAAUAUCAAUUGAUACCAGUGCGAAACAGACCCAUGUUUUCUCCCUCACUGCUAACCACUGUCGUCGGGCAUGUCGUGCCUGAGAGAUUUUAUCGUUUUUGUACACGUAACAUCAGCACUACACAAGUCGCAUCGUCGUGAAGAUUGUGAGAGAGGUGGAAGGUUCCGUGAACUAGAU